UUUGCAAGAGGCUGUUUUCACGACUUGAACCCGUGACCACUUGAUCGCAUGAUAACAACUUUACCAGUUACGUCAAAACUAGUCUUCGGGCAAAAACACAAAAUAGUUUUUGUAGGGUCCUUUGCUUAAUUUGGUUGCCAGACAAAAAAACGCCUGGGGAAAAAUAGCAGUUUCACUGCUUGUUAUCUCAAUAAAUCCCAACUACAUAAACCCCUCAUCUCUUCUCACUCUCUACUUCCUCAACCAUUUAUCUGUCUAUCUCAUUCUAGUAUUUUGGACAAACACUGUUUGCAAACAGAGAGUUUCAUUUACAUUGGACUUUAAUUGUCAAUGGCUAGACCACAACAGCGAUAUAGAGGCGUUCGACAGAGACAUUGGGGUUCUUGGGUCUCCGAAAUUCGCCAUCCUUUACUCCUCUUGCAGAAAUACAAGAUAAAACAAACUUCAUAUAAUAGACCCUUGUGGUCCGAACCUUUUCCGGAUCCCGCGCAUAGUAAAACAAGAAUUUGGUUAGGAACAUUUGAGACAGCAGAAGAUGCAGCAAGAGCAUAUGAUGAAGCAGCAAGGUUUAUGUGUGGUCAAAGGGCUAGAACCAAUUUCCCAUACAAUCCAAACAUGCCACAGACAUCUUCCUCAAAGAUUCUGUCAGCUAAUUUGACAGCCAAGUUGCACAAAUGCUACAUGGCUUCACUUCAAAUGGCCAAAACCUCAGCACAAGAACAUAGAAUCCAAUCUUCACAUGUUGAUGUACUAAAAAAUGCACCCAUUCAAGAACAUGUUGCCUAUGAAAUGAAACAACAAAUGGUAGUGCCAAAGACAUCAGUAUUGACACAUGAGGAAGCAGCCAACUUGGGAGUAAAGAAAGUUCAAGAUGUGGAGAGCAUACCACAAUUUGUGAAGCCACUUGAAGAUGAUCACAUAGAACAAAUGAUUGAAGAAUUGCUGGAUUAUGGGUCCAUUGAGCUUUGCUCUAAUGUUACUUCUCAUUAAAAGAAAGCUGAGCGAGCUUACGCCUACCUCGACUAUUUCACUGGAUACUUGCUACUUUGCUGAUGUUCCUCCUCAGUAAUCUCAUCUCUGGCCUAUAUUGCUGCUGAACUAGAAACGACCCAAUUAGCUAAUUUAACCCAAUUAGUACAAAGUCUUUUUCAUGAGCCUCUCUGUCUAAAAUCUAUACAUCAUUAGUAGGUAGGCCUUUCCUUCUCUUUAGUUCCUAGAGUUCUUGCUUUAAGAGAACCUUCUAUUAGUUGUAAAAUGAUGUAUGUCCAGUGUAUUCUUUCUUUUUUUAGCUCAUAGUCUGUACUCUAUUCACCGCUCCAUUAUUGUUAAAAAAAAUAUUACAUGUUACUGCACUACUAAUAUCAUAAGUUUCACAUAUA